AUGGCAUGUGGCAUUGCAGGCAGCUUCAGCCAGCAUGACUCAGAGGAGACUCAACCAAUACUUGCAGACAUGACGUGCCUGGCAUGGGAGGGGCUGCUGCCAGCAUGCAGCAUCAUGGAAGCCAUCACCUUCUGCAGAGAUGAAGUAGCACGUGGUGUCUGCCCCUGGGCUGCUGUGUCUGUGUGGGGCUUCGUGGAUGCUCCUCUGUCAUGGCUGGGGACGGAGCAUGGCCGUGGACCAGGCAUGGGUGGCGAGAAUGAUUACAUCCUGCUUGUGCUGCCAGGGGACCAGUAUGUCCUCUUUGUGUCAGCAGGCGAGGGCGAUGGUGACCGGGCGCCCAGCCACGGUGGCACCCAGGAGUGUGUGGGCGUCCGAUCCGCGCACAACUAA